UCGUUCCCGCGGGGAGUAAUCGUUGCAUUCAGUUGCGUGUUGUUAAUUUUUAAGUGUUUAGAAAGAUUUUGUACGUGAAAAUAAGUGAAAAAGUUCCAAAAUGGAUCAAUUCCCUACGGAGGAGGAGGAAUUCGAGCUGCAGUACGGCGAUGAGCUCGACGCGAUGGACGACAUGGGAAUGGAGAUGACCCCGGCCACUCCAGGACCAUCAUCUCGCCAGGAACCACCGCGCGCAUCGACGUCCUUCUCAAACUACAGUCGGCAUGGUGGUCGCGCACCGGACAGUCCCCACCUGUCGCAGAUCAACGAGGACAGUCCGCUGCGGAGUCCGGCGCUGUCGCAGAUUCCGCGCAAUGCCAGCACCACCCACAAGCGGCUGUUUGGCACUCCCUCGGACAAGGGGCAGUACGGGAGGAUGGCGUCGACGCCGUUUCCGGGUGCGUCGUCGUCGGUUGCGGCUGAUCCGUUGGCGGAGAUUCAGAACAUGGGGUUGAAUCCGAGGAAGCGCCGGUUGGAUGCGCUGUUUGGGGACAUUCAGGACAUCGAGGACGACCGGAGUGAGUACAACUUUGGCGGGAUGGAUUGUGCGACGAAGAAGAGUAAAACGGAGGAGCAGUUGGACCGGGAGUUGAUCGAGAAGAUUUUGGAGGCGAGGAAGCAGUUUCAGGCGGUGGUCAAUCCGACCAAGUCGAGUGGGUUGGCCCGGGUGGAGGCGCUGCACCGGUUCAAGAUGCAGAAUUUGUCGUACUCGUUGCCGAAGUGGCCGUUUGCGACCGUUGUGCGGAGUGACAAGGAACGGGUUUACGUUCGGUUUCAUUCGGAGGAGUUUGAAACGAAGGAGAUCAACGAGAUUAACUGUUUCAAGGACGGUUACAAUGGGCUGCUUGGGGAGGCCAAGGAGAGGAUCUGGAACGAGGCGAAGGAGAUCAUCGCGAAGCGUUACGAGGAGCCGGUUCGAGCUAUUGAGGCUAACCCGGAGGCGCCUGUUGUGGUCGUUCCGGAUCAUGGCUCCGUUUUGUGGGUUGAAAAGUAUCGUCCAAAGCGAUACAUCGACCUGCUCUCCGAUGAGACUACGAAUCGAAGUCUGCUGCAGUGGCUGAAGCUGUGGGACAAGGUCGUCUUCAAUCGCGAGCCCAAGCAAACCAAGGACACCAAACAAAUCAACAGCUUCAACAAGAAAACGGGUCGUUUCGAGUCCGGAGGUUGGAAGAAGAAGGGCCGCUCAACGCUCAACACCGAACUGGACGAGCACGGUCGUCCCGCGCAGAAGAUUGCCCUGCUCUGCGGCCCUCCCGGCUUGGGAAAGACUACGCUGGCCCACACAAUCGCGCGACAUGCUGGCUAUGUUGUGCGCGAGGUCAACGCAUCGGACGACCGAAGCCCGGAAGCGUUCCGGGUGGCGCUGGAGGGUGGAACCCAGAUGAAGUCGGUGCUCAACCAGGACGGCCGACCCAAUUGUAUCGUGCUGGACGAAAUUGACGGCGCCCCGGUGGCCACGAUCGAGUUUCUGCUGCGGUUUGUGACUGGAGCGGUCCCCGUGAAGGGAGCCAAAAAGAGCGCCAAAGGGGAAAAGGCGGACAAGUUUAUCUUGAAGCGGCCAAUCAUCUGCAUCUGCAACGACAUGUACGUGCCGGCGUUGCGACAGCUGCGGCAAAUGGCGUUCGUGGUUAAUUUCCCACCCACAGAGUCGGCUCGACUGGCGGAGAGAUUGCUACUCAUCGCCAAGCAGGAGAAGAUCCUCACCGAUUUGACCGCAAUGCUGGCGCUCGCGGACAAAACCGGCAAUGACGUGCGAGCUUGCCUCUCAAUGCUGCAGUUCCACAGCUCGCUCAAAAAACCGCUACGACUCACGGACGUGCUCAAGAGUAACGUCGGUCAAAAAGAUCGCCACAAGGGACUGUUCGGCAUUUGGUCGGCAAUCUUUCAGAUCCAACGGCCCAAAAAGAUGCUCUCCCAGGAGGACGACGCCGCCGAGGCGAUCGUCACCCUGUCGGACAUGUCGCCGGCCACGCGUAUGGUGAACGUGCUGGACGUGCUCCACAUGGCGGGCGAUUAUGACCGGCUGAUGCAGGGCGUUUUCGAGAACUAUCUGCACCAAAAGAUGCCCGACCCGAACAUGGUCGGGGUGGCCGACGCUGGCGAGUGGUUCUGCUUCAACGAUCGCGUCCAGCAAAAGAUCAACCACCAGCAGAACUACUCCGUCUAUCCGUACCUGACGUACGGGUUCGUCGUGUGGCACUACCUUUUUGCCGGGCUGGCCUGGCCGAAAAUCAAUUUCCCCAGCAAGGGAUUCGAGAAUUCACAAAAACUGGCCACCUGCAAGCUGAUCCUCACCGGACUGCGCAAGGGCCUAUCGGCCCACCUCAAGGGAAUCGGCGAGGGUCCCACCGUACUGCUGGACACGGUUCCGCUGCUGAAGCGCGUCAUCAGCCCGUCGCUGCGAUCGGUUUCGCUGCAGCUGCUGACCCCAAAAGAAAAAUCCGACCUCACCCACACCGUCGAAGUGAUGGCCGACUUUGGGCUCAACUACAUCCAGCUCAAGUCGGCCGAGGGAACGUACCAGUACCAGCUGGAUCCGGACCUGGAGCAGCUGGGCCAGUUCCAGGGCGUUUCGCCCCAGAAUCUCAGCUACUUUGGCAAGCAGAUCGUGGCCCGCGAGGUCGAGCUGGAGCAGAUGAGGCGAGCGCAGCCAAAAGCCGCGGUGGCCACCAGUUCGAAGGCGAUCGCUGGUCCAGCGCCGGUUGCGAAAAAGAGCCGGCCGGAACCACCGGCCAAGGACAAGAAGGCCGCCCUGCCGAACCAUCUGCAAACGCUGCAACCGAAGCAGAUCAACGUGAGCAAAGUGAAACAGGUGGUUUCGAAGGAUUUCUUUGGAAGGGUUUCGACGAAGGAAACGGUGCUGUCGGUUCAGGAAGGUGGAACGGACACGAUUGUAAAGAGUCCUAUUUGGUAUCGCUACAAGGAAGGCUUCAACAACGCAGUGCGAAAGGACGUAACUCUUCAGGAUUUGAUGUAAUCAUGUUUUCAGUGUAAAUAUAUGGUCAAGGUAAUCCUGAUUA